UGCUGUGGGUAACGCUUAGAUAAAUUGUGCGUCGUUUGUGUUUUAUUGGGCUCGUAUCGUUUCUCAUUCCGUGGUGCGUUCUUUCAUCGCUCGAAUUGCAAUUAUCAAUUCGUAAGCGCACAUUAUCGAGUAAUGCGUUGCGGAUCGGGCGCGGUCUUGAAUCGAGAUCAAGUCACGUGGUCCGGUCGGUACCGAAAUUGAACGAACUGAUGCAGUAGCGUAUAAAGAACGGUACCAUUCUUUGGUGGAUUUUAAAAAGUGUAGUUAACUUCAUAAUAGAAUAAUUGUCAGUUAUUUAUUCCUUUUAUAUGUGUUGAAUGUAUUUUUAAUUUAGUUGUUAUUAAUUUGGGGCGAAGGGAUAGAAAGUUUUCUCUUGUUUUAUUUUUGUAAAAAUAUGAACACAUUAUUGAGUCGCCCCUGGCGCGGUCUGUUUAGUGGCGUGGUCAGUCGUAGGCGUGGGCAGUUUGAGUAAUUAACGUUACGUCUUAACACGAGUUAUUUUCAGUUCUCAUUAAGUGAUUGCCCAUUCUUUUAAAAUGACGAAGGAAAUUAGUAUUCGUGUUCUAGUGACAGCAUUGUUUUUCCUCUUCUGCAUCCAUCAAGGUUUCUCUAUUAAGUGCUGGGUGUGUAGAUCAGAUUCAGAUCCAAAAUGUGCAGAUCCUUUUGAUAAUACAACUGUACCAAUUACCGAUUGCAAACAAGAACCAGAACUUGAACACCUGCCUGGUGUUAAACCAACCAUGUGUCGCAAGAUUCGACAAAAAGUCAAUGGGGUAUGGAGGUACUUUCGUAGUUGUGCGUAUAUGGGUGAGCCAGGGAUUGCAGGCGAUGAGCGUUUUUGUCUAAUGAGAACUGGGACUUACAAUAUAUUCAUGGAAUAUUGCACAUGCAAUAGCAAAGACGGCUGUAAUGCAGCCCCUUAUAAUCAUGGCAGUUUAAUUGUUUCGAUAAUAGCUGCUGUAGUUUCAAUACGAUAUGUACUUGUCUAUACUUAACAAAGUUGACCAAAUUUUACUGUUAGAUCUGACAAACCGUACAGUACAUAUUUUAAACACACAUUUUUUACAGUAUAGAGAUCUGCUCGUACUUACUUAAGGAGGAUCUUUUUUUAACAGUUUUACAACUCUGAAUUUCAGGGAAUUAGAACUCUCGAAUUAGAUUUCAGACCGUAUACUACCACUUGAAAUCAAUUUUACAUCUUUUAUAUAUAUCAAAAUGUGCCUAUGCGUUAGAUUUUAAUAAGAGAAUAUUUAUAUGAGAUUUUCAAAUGAUUGACUAAUCUUUUCUACCUGUUUUGGAGGUAUUAUAUUACACCAGUACAUCGCUAAUUUUUAUAGAUGUAUAUUUAUAUUAAUAUAAACACGUAUGUUUGUAUCAUACUUGGUCGAUUUAGAUUCGGUACAAACGGUCUACGCUACGACAUCACUGUACUUGAUCGAGAUUAAGUCGAAUACCAUUACAGAUAAGACUGUGAAUACCGUCCAUUGUAUGUUCGUGAAGUUAGUAUUAACGUGGAAUCAUGUCGCUUCUUAUAUUUUUAUACGUAUUUUCGUAGAGUGUCGUUAGUUACGAAUCAUCGCAGCAAUAAAAUACCAUUGAUUACAGAAACGCACCAUUCCUUUAUGUGUUCUGUUUACACGUGUACAAUAAAAGUGAUAAA